AUGCUUCUUAACUGGUUGGAGAAGGUUAUUCAUAAACUCAUUUCGGUAGAUCAAGCAGCAUACAUUAAAGUCCGAUCCUUAUCUGAUCAUGUGUUGGUGGCUCAAGAGAUUUUCAAUAAAUUCAGAUGGUCCAAAGCUAAAGGUGGUUUUCUAGCAAUCAAGCUGAAUAUGGAGCAGGCUUACGAUAGCAUGGGAUGGGAUGCUUUGAGGCAAAUUUUGUCUGAUGCUCUUUGCUUAAGGGUAAAUAGAGGUAUAUCUAUUUCUCGAUUAGCUCCUAAAGUUUCUCAUUUUUUGUUUGCGGAUGAUAUUCUUAUUUUCUCGGAGGCUAAGGUGAAGGAGGUUAAGGAGUUGAGGAGAAUUAUAAACAAUUAUUAUGAUUGGACGGGCCAGAUGGUUAAUCAAUCAAAAUCCAUGAUCUUGUUUGGAAAUAAUACAAGGAAAAGGGUUCAGAAGAAAAUGAUGAAGAUUCUUAAGUUUAAAAAGGUUAAGGAGUUCAAUUAUCCGGGUAUUAAAAUGGCUUUGAGGAGGUUGAAAACAGCGGAUUCCCAGAAUCUUUUAGAGGCAGCGGCUGGAAGAUUAAAUACUUGGGGCUCAAAAAACAUCUCUCUUGAAGGUAGAAUUGUCUUGGUAAAGUCUGCUUUUUUGUCUUUACCUCUAUUCAUGUCUUCUCUUACUCUUGUUCCUUUAAGAAUCUUGAAGGAUUUUGAUAAGAUGUGUAGAAGUUUUCUUUGGAGUAAAGCGGAUGGAAAUGUUAGAAUUCACUACGUAUCUUGGGAAUUGCUUUGUAAACCGAAAUGUGAAGGUGGUAGAGGUCUCUUCUCGGCGGUAUCAAAAGUUGGUCCUCUUCGGACUAAAUUUGCUUGGAGAUUUUUUAGCAACCCAAAUUCGGUUUUGAACCAUAUUUUGAAAGCUAAGUAUGAAGCUGAUAUUUGGUCCUCUUCGGUUAGGACUGG